AUGCUCGCCUCAAAGCUCGCCCUUCUCCUCUCCUUCAUCCUCAUCUCAGCCCCCUCCCAAGCCAUCUGGCCCUUCAAAGAGAAGCGGUUCAAGGACGAAGCUUUCAUCGAUGCAGGCUCAUUAGGCCUCGGCAAGCUCGACGGAAGAGUCGCCGCUGUCGGAGACUGGAACGGAGACCCCAAUUUGGAUCUCUUCACGCUUUCGAACGACGGCAAGACGGUUCAGGUAUAUCUGUGGGAUAAAGACAAGUUCAAGUACAAACUAUCGCACACUCUCGCGCUUUCCUCUACAAUCUCCAACAUAGUGCCGGGCGACUUCAAUCACGAUGGGCAUCUGGAUCUGCUACUGAUGUACGACAAGUCUGCCGAUGGGGGCUGGUGGGGCGGGAAAACGGAGCGGUUGGGGAUGGAUGUUUAUCUUGGAGGUGGUCCAAAUGGCGGUUUCCAACCAGAAUCAUGGUCGUUGCCCAUCUCCACCUCAGCUCAGCCCAUCGUGUUUGAUGCUGAUGGGUCUUUGAGGCCCUCGCUAUUGGGCUACCACCCCACAGAAUCCUCGGAUGGCAUAGUAACAUGGAAGAACAACGGAACCGGGUUGUCAUUAGAGACGCCCCCUCUUAGACCAAUUGACCAAGUCUGCUCACUGGCCAACCCUCAUAGCAGUGCCUUCAUCGAUAUCGACGGCGACUGUUUACCGGAUCUGGUUCUCCACUGCACCCGGACCACCGGGGAUUCUCUUCAAAUAUGGCUAAACCGAGCGGACGCCGGCUAUGUCCUGUCUCGCAACUACAACCUACCUCCCGGAAGCGGCCCCAUCACAUUUGCCGACAUGAAUCGCGAUGGAUCAAUAGAUAUCGUGUUCCCUACCUGUUCGCAGACUAGUUCAUCCACUGGCUUCGGAUCUGACUGCCAGAUCAACAUCGCCUAUAAUAAGCAGGCCCCGCUAUGCUCUACAGAAGCAUCUCAAUGGAUCCAGGAAGGGGUUUUGAAAUGUCGAGGUUGGGGCGAUAUGUGCAUCUCUGAUGAAAAGUUUGAAUUUGCUUUCGACGAUUAUGAUCCUUAUUUCAUUUCUGUACCUAUCGCCUCCCUUUCCCAAAGCACCUCCGAGCUGGGGCUUCUCCUGCAUGCUCCUGGCAAGCCCUCCCUUCCAUCCCCCUUGCGACCAGGCGACUACAAUGUCGAUGGGUUUCCCGAUCUCCUGUUUGUCAUGUCCACCGCCAAAGGCACACAAGUGCAGAUACUGGAGAGUAUUGCAUGCGGAAAAAACGUGGUGGGGUGCGGGAAAGGCAUCGCGAGGGGCUGGAGGCUUGGGAGUGGGAAGGAUUGGGAGGAUCUAGAAGAGAUCGAAGACGCCAUCGGGGCAAGCUGGCUGGACUUGGAUGAGGAUGCAAGUAAAUCAUUGGGGUCUUUGGAUAUCAUGGUGCAGCGAUCAGGGAAACAGGACAAGGAGAAGGUCACAUUCGUUCAAAACAAUUUCUACCACGAUGCCUUCUUCCUCAAGACUGAAGUCCUGAAUGGCGUGUGCAGCGGGAAGUGUGAACCAAGUGCCGGAGGGAAGUCCUACAGUCCCCUCGGUGUCAGCUAUUCGGGUGCCACCUACAAAUUGACUGUUCUAGACACCGUCGGAAAUAGAGUCGCCCAACAAGUCGCCCAAUUGCCUCAAACAGGAUACCAAGCCUUACAAACUCCAUAUGCCUUCUUUGGUCUCGGCCGUACCAAUAACUACAUUGAAAAAUUGUUCAUCGGUGCAUCCCUUCUCCCUCCCAACCAUAUCACCUACCUCGAUUCUCUCAUCCCCAAUUCACAAGUCCUGAUCAACCCGCCAUAUCCAUCAGCAUCUGAAGAAGAAAGCGGUGAGCGCAAGACUCUCGAGCUCCAGUCUCCAGUCAAGGCGCGAUCAACAGAGUGGAAAUCACAAUUGUAUCUCAAGCCUGGAGAUUGGGUGCCUUGGGUAGGUGCUGCCGUACUGGGGACAGUCCUUGUUCUCGGAACAGUAGUUCUGGGAUUGAACGAAAAAGAGAAGAAAGAGGAUGAAGUAGAGAGGCAGAGGGCAUUGCAUGCCAUCAACUUCCAGGCGUUGUAG